AUAUUGUUUGCAUCUAUUCAAUUUACAAGAAAAUAAACAUAAAUAUCCGUGUUAUUUGAUGGCAAAUGACCCGGAAAUGCACGGACUGAAAUAGACAUCAAAAGAAAGUAAUUUGUUUCAGGGAUGAUAUUUCGAUCUUUAACAUUGAUCUCAGAACGUCCUGAUGUUUAUUUUAUCGACAGGGUUAUAAACAACAUAAAUUGUUAACAUAUUAUGUAAUGUCACCUCUGUCAUAUCGUUAAUUUCAGUCCAUGUUCUCCUCCCCAGAAAAAAGCGCCGAAUUUAAGGAAACUGGAGAAGGAGGCAUAUAAAUAGCGUACAGGUCCCCUCAGUUGAUACAUCGCCCACAGAAACAGGACAGGAUGAUGUUGAAGUUUACAGUCCUUCUAGCUUUAGCUGUGUAUGCACAAGCCUCGGUUAAGGGAGGUCAUGGUGCUGGCGGCUUUGGAGGAGGAGGAUUUGGUGGUUUGGGUGGAGGCGCCUUAAGUGGGGGUCUCGGUGGUUUGGGUGGAGGUGCCUUAACUGGAGGACUCGGUGGUUUGGGUGGAGCCGGAGGAAUAAGCUCUAGCGGAUUCAGUUCUGGUAGCUUUGUAAGUGGGGGACUAGGAAGCGGAUUGGGAGCAGGAUUAGGACUAGGCGGUAUUGGAGGAGGAUUAGGAGGUUACGGAGGAGGACUAGGAGGUUACGGAGGAGGACUAGGAGGAGGACUAGGAGGAGGAUUAGGAGGUUACUACCCAGGCGGAGGAUAUUAUUUCUACUAUUAUAUUGAAUACAUCAUCUACUUGUUAAGAAUUUUGGGAUCAAGUUUCCCAUAUGGGGGUUAUGGCGGUGGCUUAGGCGGGAUUGGAGGUGGUCUAGGCGGAAUUAGCGGUGGUUUAGGCGGAAUCAGCGGUGGUCUAGGCGGAAUCGGUGGUGGUUUAAGCGGAAUAGGCGGUGGUCUAGGCGGAAUCGGUGGUGGCUUAGGCGGAUAUGGCCUGGGCGGUCUUGGUGGUAUUGGAGGCGGUCUUGACGGUAUCAGUGGCGGCCUUGGUGGUAUCAGUGGUGGUAUUGGUGGCAUCAGUGGCGGCCUUGGUGGUAUUGGUGGCGGUCUUGGAGGUAUUGGAGGUGGAUUAGGAGGAAAGAAGUAUUAUUAGGCAGGAAAAUGUUUACCGACGCCCGAUAACGACGCCCAUCAUCGAAUCAUCGUAGACUGGUGUAUGUGUAUAUAGAAAUAAAUUCUCUGCAAGCUC